AUGGCGCAUCAUCGCCUCCUCAGUGAAGACUCGGCCAUCUUCUCGCCUUCAGUCGCCCGCAUCGCUGCCUCCACCGCCCGCGACUGGUCAUAUAUCGACGCCUGGCUCUCUUCCAAAUUCCACCCUCGCCCAGCCCCUUCUUUCGAGCGCAAUAAUGACACACUCAAGGCCCUCCUCGCCCUUGCAUCUGCCAAUGAAGCUGCCGAUGAGGAGCGUAAUUUGGUCGCAAAAGCCGAAGCUGCUGCUUUGCAGGAGCUCACCGACUCCGAAGCCAAUGCUGAGAACAAGAGCCGACCGCUGAGAGGAGGCUUGAUUGAAGCUGUGCAGCAUAACUUGCCUGCUGAUGGACACACUGCUCUUGAUACCAUGGCAGAUGUAGCCCUUCAGUUCGGUGUCGCUUUUCCAGAGCCCGAAAUGUUGGGUCAACGCAUGAUUCAACUGCAAUCGAGCAUACAUGAUGCCGAACAAAUGAAAGCUCGUGUCGAGGCUCUGCAUAAGCACAUUGACGAUGAAGCAGCCCGUAUAGAUGAAAUACUCGAGAAUCUAAAAAGCGAAGAAUAUCAACCUCCAGCACAUCUAGCCAAACAAAACCUUGAAAUGCAACGCAAGAUCAAGGCGUUGUCGACCAAACUGCCUGAGCUUCAAGACAAAGUUGCUUCGCUUGCUGCAUCUUCCAAUUCUUCUCAUCCUACUGUUGCCGACCUCGCUCGUGAUGAGCAAGAAUACUUGUCCGUUGUGGCACGGAAGAAGGAGCUUGACCUCCAGUUGGCCUCCUUCCAGGGGCUACCAAGCAACCCAGAUAUGGCGAGAGCAGAGCUAGAGGGGCUCCAACAGGAGCUUCGUUCCAUAGAAUCGCAGCGUGAUGCUGUCUUCGAAGGUUUAGUGGAACGUGAGAGUCCGGUUAAGCGACGACGCUGA